AUACUUGCCUACCAUUUGAACCUAACCUAAUCUAUUGUAUAUCGUAUAUUACACCGUCACGUCGUACAAUAGUUUCGCGAAUACAAAACAUUUCUAAAUCGCCACAAACAAAAUUUAAAAAGCGAAACGAUGGCAAACAUCACCCUGAUUCGUCAGCAAUUGACCAGUAUUACCACUUCGGGUGGUACACACAGAGAUCAAGCCGAAAGAUAUCGCCAUAUUUCCGAUGUGAUCUUGAUGUCUUUGACUGGAAACGAGCUCAUUGAAGGCCUGAAAUUGUUUAUAGACGCAAUCGUGAACGAAAACGUUAGCCUGAUCAUCUCUAGACAGCUACUCUCAGACCUCAGCUUGAACUUGACAAGAUUGCCUGAUAAUAUCUCCAAAGAGGUUGCACAUUACACAUUAGACAAAGUGCAACCUAGGGUUAUUUCGUUUGAAGAACAAGUGUCAAUGAUCCGACAACACCUGGGUAAUAUUUAUGAAAACGAACAGAAGUGGCGUGACGCUGCCAAUGUCCUCGUUGGAAUUCCACUAGAAACCGGACAAAAACAAUAUUCUGUAGAUUAUAAAUUAGAAACUUAUUUGAAAAUCGCCCGUUUGUAUCUUGAGGAUGACGAUCCCAUCCAAGCCGAGGCUUUCAUCAACCGCGCUUCACUACUGCAGGCCGAGAGCAAGAACGAACAGCUUCAGAUCUAUUACAAGGUGUGCUACGCUCGCGUAUUGGACUAUCGUCGUAAAUUUAUCGAAGCAGCGCAGCGCUACAACGAGUUGUCUUACCGAUCGAUCAUUCAUGAAGAAGAACGUGUGACUGCGUUGCGUAAUGCGCUCAUCUGCACAGUACUGGCUUCGGCUGGACAGCAACGUUCUCGAAUGCUCGCGAUUCUCUUCAAAGAUGAGCGAUGUCAAUCUCUGCCGGCGUUCGCUAUCUUGGAGAAGAUGUAUCUUGAUCGAAUCAUCCGCCGUUCAGAGUUGCAGGAGUUCGAGGCGUUGUUACAGCCUCAUCAGAAGGCGUCCAUGCUCGAUGGCAGUACAAUUCUUGAUCGCGCUGUAAUCGAGCACAAUUUGCUCGCGGCCAGCAAAUCAUACAAAAAUAUUAAAUUUGAGGGUCUCGGCGCGCUUCUUGAGAUUGAUGCGGAGAAAGCCGAGAAGAUUGCCAGUCAAAUGAUUACGGAAGGCCGCUUGAACGGCGAUAUUGAUCAGAUCGACUCUGUUGUUUACUUUAAAACCUCGGAAACUCUUCCGCAAUGGGAUAAACAAAUCCAAUCGCUAUGUGAACAGGUAAACCACGUAAUCGAAUUGAUCACGAAAGCACACCCGGAGUGGAUCGCACGGAAAUUGGAACAGCAAAUGGACUCGUAGUUACAUAUAUUAAUCCUAAAAAUAAGAAAUUAAGAUUAAAAAUGAAUUCGCAUCGACAAAGCACUGCGAAUCUCAAUUGUA